AUGGGUAUCGAUCUCGACAAGCACCACGUGUCCUCGGGUCACCGAAAGGCGCCAUCCAGCACCAACCCGUACCGAAAGCUGUUGCACAAGUUGUACACUUUCCUCAACCGCCGAACCGACAGCAAGUUCAAUGCUACCGUUCUGAGGAGACUGCGCAUGUCGCGCAUCAACACCCCACCACUCUCGAUCUCCAAGAUUGUGGCCAUCUCCGCCAACAAGCACAACGCUGAGCAGCAGGAUGGCAAGAUCCGAGCUGUCGUCGGCACUGUCACCGAUGACAACCGUCUCCUCGAGGUUCCAAAGUUGAGCAUCUGCGCUCUCAAGUUCACUGCCACUGCCCGUGCCCGCAUCCUCAAGGCCGGCGGUGAGUGCCUCACCUUCGACGAGCUCGCCCUCAAGGCACCAACUGGCUCCAACGUCAUCCUCCUCCGUGGACCAAAGAACUCGCGUGAGUCCGUCAAGCACUUCGGCUUCGGCCCACACACCGACAAGAAGCCAUUCGUCGAGAGCAAGGGCCGCAAGUUCGAGCGUGCCCGUGGUCGCAGACGGUCGCGUGGUUUCAAGGUCUAA